GCCCUCACCUCUGUCCACCCUGCCAGCUCUCUCUGCCCUCCAGAGUUUCUGCUGCACCCUCCCGUCCUCUCCCAUCUCUGUCUCCCUGGCCCAUCCCGAACACCAGGGUGGGGGCCAGGCUGCGCUCCCAGCAUGCUGGAGAGACAGAGGUCCAUUGAGGCAUUGUAGCAGGCACACAGCGCCCCCUUGUCCCCCAACAAUCCGCCUUUGUCCUCCAGUCCUGGCUGCUGCAGCUUGGUCCUGGGGGUGCUGCCUGGGCUGGGCUCCAGCUCACACCCUCCCUAAAAGGAAAUGGGAGAAACGACCAGCCAAAAGAAGAGGGUUAAAGUUAGGGAAGGGGGACACAAAUGUCUUCAGGCUUAGGUCCCUGGGGGCUCCCAGUCCUGCCCCUGUUCCUCUACUCACAUCCCAGCUCCUCCCAGUUUCUUUUCCGACCUCCUCCUCUUCCCUCCCGUCUCUAUUCCAGGCUGGGUUGGGCUCUAAGCAAGGGGAGGGAUUAGAGCCUCCUCCCUCUCUGCCCCUCCCCAUGGGUCUCUAGGGGGCUGGUGCGGGCAGCAGCAGAGGCACUCUGGGCAGCUGGGUGAAGGCCCAUCUGGGCAAGGCCCCCAGCGGCUGCCUUCUCUCGCGGGGCCCUGUGGGCAAGCCUCCUGCUUCACUUUCAGGUUUCUCGAAGUGCCUUCUUGCUCCUGUCUGUUUCCCCAUCCUGCUAGAUUUCUGUUUCUCUUGCUGGGCUUUUGGCAGUAGGGGCUGUGUUGGUGGACCCCAUGAAGAUGCUCAGUGCUCGGGAUCGCCGGGACCGGCCCCCUGAGGAGGGGGUAGUUGCAGAGCUCCAGGGCUUCGCGGUGGACAAGGCCUUCUUCACCUCCCACAAAGGCAUCCUGCUGGAAACCGAGCUGGCCCUGACCCUCAUCAUCUUCAUCUGCUUCACGGCCUCCAUCUCUGCCUACAUGGCCGCGGCGCUGCUGGAGUUCUUCAUCACACUUGCCUUCCUCUUCCUCUAUGCCACCCAGUACUACCAGCAUUUCGACCGACUUAACUGGCCCUGUCUGGACUUCCUACGCUGUGUCAGUGCCAUCAUCAUCUUCCUGGUGGUCUCCUUUGCAGCUGUGACCUCCCGGGAUGGAGCUGCCAUUGCUGCUUUUGUUUUUGGCAUCAUCCUGGUUUCCGUCUUUGCCUAUGAUGCCCUCAAGAUCUACCGGACUGAGAUGGCACCCGGGGCCAUCCAGGGGGACCAGCACUGACUCUGGAGCUACCUGGCUCCUAGGCCCAGCCAGCCAGAGGGGACAGUGGAGCCCAGACACGUCUCCUUGGGAUUCACUAACCCCCAGCCCGCCAAACCCCACCCCAGACUUACAGAGAUGUCCAGCCUGAGACGUCACUGGGGACUUAUCUGUGGAGCCUGGUGCUCCGGGAUCUGGCUCCUGGUGAAGCUCUGGCCACAGGAGGGGAACUUAUGGGGGGAGGGAGGGUGGUGGGGAGGAAUCUGGGCCCCUAAGUCAUUCCCAGAUUAAAAUAUUCAAAUUCUA